AAUUUUUGUAAUGGCGUCGAUCUCGUGUUCCUGCUGACGCCAAUUCCUCGUACACUGAUAAAAAACAAUAGUUAAUAGUUAAUUUAUUAAUUUAGCUGAUUACAUUUAUCACAAAAUCUGUUAAUUACCUCGAGGAACAUUCCGAAACUUUUAUUUAACCUGAAUGAGUACCAAAUUAACUCUGAGAGAUAAAAAUAUAAAUAUACAUAAAUUAAUGCCUGGAAUUGACAAGUGUAGAAGAUAUUAAUGAAAAAAAAAAUAAAUUCCAUGGUAAUUCAGUUUAUUUUUAUUUUUGUUAAUUAAAUACGUCAAAACGAAAAUUAAAAUGCCUCUCGGAAACCAUGUAACGAUGAUACCUUUGGACGAGAUGUCUCGAGGACAACCAGGUGGCAAUGGUGGUGCUAACAGUCCGCCUCAGAACUGUAUGAAAGUAUUUAUCCAGCGGGAUUACAGCCAAGGAACUAUGGUCAAAUUCCAGACCAGGUUUCCUCCUGAAUUAUCUGAUAGACUGGACAUUGAGUCAUUCGAGUACACAAUAAACCAACUAAACAACUACUUCGCAGAAGCGGAGCGCGCAAGUUGUUCAACGUACUGCGAGGGUUGCCUGGCGUGCCUGACCGGGUACCUGAUCUACAUCUGUACAGAAACGCACUACGAAAAGUGCCUAAGGAAGGUCGCGAAGUUCAUCAGCGAGCAGAACGACCGCGUCUACAGGCCGCGAGGCCUCCUUCUGACUGACCCAACGACCCGGGGACUCAGACUUAUAGAAAUUUCGGUCCUGGACCGGCCGCCCUCGUGACUGCAUGUCAGCCGAUCCACCGAAUUUUUUAUGUGACCUCCAAACUAACAAUCUAACUUUUUUUUUUACU